CCUCGCCUAAAGCCUCAUCCUCCUCUUAUUGGCUGGUCGUAGCGAAACCACACCUACUGGAGCCAGCUAUUGGACCGGAGCCCCCAGUCACCGCCCAACAGAGACACCCAGCUUCGGAAUGUGACGUGUCUGCGGGGGCGAGCACGUCACAGGGGCUGCGGGAGCGCGCACUGAGGACCUCAACACAAGUCAUCAUGGAUGACAUCUUUACCCAGUGCCGCGAAGGUAACGCCGUGGCUGUUCGAUUGUGGCUGGAUAAUACAGAGAAUGACUUGAACCAGGGUGAUGACCAUGGGUUCAGCCCUCUGCAUUGGGCGUGUCGUGAAGGCCGCAGUAACAUUGUUGACAUGUUGAUAAUGAGAGGAGCCCGAAUCAAUGUUAUGAACAGGGGAGAUGACACCCCACUGCACCUCGCUUCCAGUCAUGGUCACCGGGACAUCGUCCAGAAGCUCAUUCAGUACAAGGCGGAUGUGAAUGCGGUGAAUGAACAUGGUAACUCCCCUCUACACUACUCCUGUUUCUGGGGACAAGAUGACGUUGCAGAGGACUUGGUAAAUAACUCUGCACUGAUCUAUAUCUGUAACAAAUAUGGAGAGACCCCGCUCGAUAAAGGGAAACCCCACCUGCGAGAACUUCUGCGGGAACGGGCCGAGAAGAUGGGUCAAAGUAUGAGCAGGAUCCCAUACAAAGAUACUUUCUGGAAAGGAACCACAAGAACCAGACCACGCAAUGGAACCCUGAAUAAGCAGGCCGGCAUUGAUUACAAGCAGCUGACCCUCAGCCACAAGAUCCACGACAACCAUUCUGGGGAGCUGUGGAAGGGGCGCUGGCAGGGGAACGAUAUUAUCAUCAAAGUCCUCAAAAUACGAGACUGGAGCACGAGGAAAAGCCGAGAUUUCAAUGAGGAGUAUCCGAAACUGAGGAUAUUUUCUCAUCCCAACGUUCUCCCGGUUUUGGGCGCCUGUCAGUCACCUCCCGCCCCUCAUCCUGUGCUCAUCACACAUUGGAUGCCGUACGGAUCCCUGUAUAAUGUUCUGCAUGAGGGGACCAAUCUGGUGGUGGAUCAGUGCCAAGCAGUGAAGUUUGCGCUGGACAUUGCCCGUGGCAUGGCGUUCCUUCACACAUUAGAGCCUCUUAUUCCUCGGCAUUACCUGAACAGCCGCAGCAUCAUGAUUGAUGAAGAUAUGACGGCCCGUAUCAGUAUGGCAGAUGUGAAGCUGUCCUUCCAGUGUCCUGGUCGCAUGUAUUGCCCAGCAUGGAUUGCACCAGAAGCUCUGCAGAAACGUCCUGAGGACAUUAAUCGUCGCUCUGCAGACAUGUGGAGCUUCGCUGUUCUGCUGUGGGAGCUGGUGACUAGAGAGGUUCCUUUCGCUGACCUGUCCAACAUGGAGAUUGGCAUGAAGGUGUCCCUGGAAGGUCUGCGACCCACAAUUCCUCCUGGGAUCUCUCCGCAUAUCUGUAAGCUCAUGAAGAUUUGCAUGAACGAGGAUCCUGCUAAAAGACCCAAGUUUGACAUGAUUGUGCCCAUCCUGGAGAAGAUGCAGGAGAAGUGAUGACCUCUGCUUAUAUUGUCCCGUUCAGACUAUGCUACACAACCACAACUGCUGCCCAAACGUGCAGAGACCGCUGCCCAAACGCGCAGAGACCAUCUCACAGCUACAUACGCCAAAAGCAGACACAACGCAGAGCAAUCUGCCCCCAGUCUAAACCGUCACUCCAGCUAUAAGCCACCAAGUGCCUUCUGGGAGACUGGGGCUCAUUCUUCUGUACCAGAACGAGAUGGUGACCUGGACAACAGCCAUAUUCCGAAUAUUCCACUAUCACUCCUAUAUCCAUUGUCCAAUGCCGGACAGGUUACUGAGCAGUGUUAUAUAAUACCAGUAUUCAGUUGUCCUGCACAUUCAUAGUCUGUAUGUUCCUAAUCUUCCCAUGACAUUUCAUAAGAUGGCCACAUAUUAUGGCAGGUCCUCCAUGACCCUCCUGACCAUUUCCCUGCUCCAGUCCGGUGGGCGCAGUGCGGUGACCACGUCCGUUCCGCACGGUAAUCUGUGAUUGGAUUUUGAUGUGUUAGUUUGGGCUGUGUGAGCAUUUCAUGCUAGCGUUUUCUUUAUAUGUCUCAGGGGCUCCUUAACAGGACCAAUUGCCCCUUGGUACCCCCCUGCAAAAUGCUGUCCACUGCGGAUUUAGAGGCUUGGAUCCAUGACAUUUCAGUGCGGUAACAAAUGCAGUGAAUGGUACCUGGAACGGUGGCCUCCGGGUGGGGAGAACAGGACUAUACCAUAACGUGAGGGGUCCAUAUCUAACCAUUUUCAAUAUAUUGAACGAUUAUUAAUGUAGGGUUCAGAAGGUUGGAACCAUAAUUGGUAUAUUACAAGGUAGUGACGACUGAUGGUUCUAGAGUGGAGACAGCGGUAGGAUUCCCUUUGUCAGCUGUAAUGAAGAACAGCGGAAGCGAUGGGGUUUUAUGCUACAACCAGCGUUUAAGAUUUUCUAAUAGUUAGAGCUGGACACUCUGCUAAACCACCCUGCUCAGUGGUACCGCCCCCGAGGAGCAGAUGCACUGCUCAGUGGUACCGCCCCCGCGGAUCCAAUGCACUGCUCUGUACUGACUGCCCCCGAGGACCAGAUGUACUGCUCUGUAUUGACCGCCCCCGAGGAUCACAUGCACUGCUCUGUAUUGUUGUUGCCUAUGAUAUCCCUGGUGCUUUCGCCAUGUGCCUAGGGCAGUGUACUGUACUAAUUACCCCCUCAUACCUUGCCUCCACACCUCUAUAUAGCAAUGCUCUGCCAAUGUAUAAAUAUGUAAUAUCACUGUAACGUAUUAUAUCUUGGAGGGUCUGCUCCUCACCUCCAGUUGCCUUCUGUCAUUAAGCAGGAGUAGAAAAAAUGUAUUUUUUAUAUAUAUCUAAAUUAAUCAUGCGCACCUUGUGAAAGCUUAAUAAAUAUUAUUCUACAAA